CCCAGCCCCCUCUUCCCGCGCACUCCUAACAACUAUCAUGUCUGCAUACUACAUCGGCGUCGACGUCGGAACAGGCUCUGUUCGCGCAGGUCUUGUCAAGCACGAUGGCACCCUCGUCGCGACUCAUACAGAGGAGACCAUUACUUGGCGCGAUCCCGAGGAUCACCGCAUCUUCGAGCAGUCGACGAACAACAUAUGGGCGGGCAUGUGCAAGUCCAUCAAGACAUGCCUUCAGGAGGCCAAGGUCUCCCCAUCUGAAGUGAAGGGCAUCGGCUUUGACGCGACGUGCUCGCUCGCCGUCUCCGACACGAACGGCGAGCCUGUGGUCGUGACCAAGGGUGAUCAGCUCGGCCAGAAUGGCGAUCGCAACAUCAUCCUGUGGGCGGACCACCGCGCAGAAAAGGAGGCCGAGCUGAUCAACAGCACCGGCUCCGUCGUGCUCGACUAUGUCGGCGGUACCAUGAGUCUCGAGAUGGAGAUCCCCAAGACGCUUUGGCUGAAGCGGAACAUGAAGCCCGAGUUCUUCAAGCGCUGCCAGUUCUUCGACCUCCCCGACUUCCUCACGUACCGCGCCACGGGGUUCAACCGCCGCUCCUGCUGCUCCGUCGCGUGCAAGUGCUCUUACGUCCCAACGAAGAACGGCUGGCAGCCCGAGUUCUUCCAGAAGAUCGGGCUGGGAGAGUUCGUUGAGAACAACUUCGAGCAGCUGGGCCGCGAGGAGGUCCUCACCGCCGGAAUGCCCAUCGGGAACGGGCUCUCGAAGAAGGCGGCAGAAGAGACGGGCUUGCUGGAGGGCACGCCCAUUGGCAGCGGUGUUAUCGAUGCCUACGCAGGGUGGCUUGGCACGGUUGCCGCACGGUACAAGGUCAAGGGCAAGCUGUCGGAUGUGAUUCCUUCGCUUGACGAAUCGAGGCAUCGAUUGGCCGCCGUUGCCGGCACGAGCACAUGCCAUAUUGUGCAGAGCCCCGAGGGUGUCUUCGUGAAUGGCGUGUGGGGACCGUACAAGGACGUUGUCUUCCCAGGGUGGUGGAUGAACGAGGGCGGGCAGUCAUCGACCGGUCAGCUUAUUGACUUCAUGAUCACGACGCAUCCAGCAUACCCUAGAUUGAAGGAACUGGCGGAACAACAGAAGACGAAUAUCCACGAAGUCCUGCAUAACGAACUCGAGAAGCUGCAAAAAGAAGAAGGCGCAGAGAACUUGACGGAGCUCACGAAGGAUGUCCACUUCUACCCCGACCUGCACGGAAACCGUUCCCCACUAGCGGAUCCUCGUAUGCGCGGCUCUAUCGUCGGUCUCACGCUCGACUCCAACCUCGGCGACCUCGCGCGCAAGUUCAACGUGACGCUUGAGGCGAUCGCGCUCCAGACGCGGCACAUCGUCGACCAGAUGAACGACAAGGGCCACGCUAUCCGCUCGAUCUACAUGUCCGGCGGGCAGGCGAAGAACACGAUGCUCAUGCAGCUCUUCGCCAACACCUGCAGCAUGCCCGUCGUGCUCCCGCAGAGCAGCGGCGCAGCGGUCGUGCUGGGCGCAGCGAUGCUCGGCAGGUUCGCCGCAGAGGCGCAGGGGAAGGCCCUCGGCAAGGAUCAGCGCGGCCAGGCGCUGUGGGAGAUCAUGGUCGAGAUGACGCCGCCGGGUGAUAUGGUUGAGCCGGCUGCGAGCCCGAAGGAGCACAAGCUGCUUGAGGCGAAGUACAAGAUCUUCCGCGAGGCGAUCGACAUUCAGCGGCGCUGGCGCAAGGAUAUGGAGGAGGCUGCCCGAUGAAGGGGUGCGUGAUGUACAAAAGCUAAUCACAAAGGACGCUUGUAUAGAGCAAGACAUAGAAGCAGCAUGUAACAACAAUCUAGCGCUUUGGAAAUCCACGCGGCGCGUCCACAUCGAAGGUGUAGCUCGGGACGAGGUCGCGCUGUCCGAUGCGUCCCCAUUUCACGUUCGCUCGUAGCCCCCGAACGACAACGGGAGCUGACUGCUGAUGACC